UUCAUUGCAAACACUACGAGCUUUUUCCGUAGUUUUACUGCUUGACUACUGCUCAAUUGACGUGAAAAGGAAUACCUCAAAAAUACCUUAAUGAUGCACCUGUGUCAAUCUGUUUUGCUAAACGUCAUCUUUGCGGUUUAUUUAUCGCUGACCCCCGAAGCAAAAGCAUGCUCGCCACCACCGGACUACGAUACCUGGAAGUUCAUUCAGAAUUUUACGAAGGGGUAUAUCAAGUAUAAAAACUACGACGAUAACAGGCUUUGCGUUGGUUUGAGGCAAAUCUUUGUGCACAACGAGCAAUAUGCCCUCUACAAUUCGUCGUUUAGAACUUCUCCUGACACAGAUAUACAAUCAGAACUCCUGUUGGCCAAGGUGGAAGGCUGCUCCAACGUUCUCAGCAUAUAUAAUAAUAAUGCACCAGCGAUCUACAAUGCAACACUUCUGUACAGCAACGGAAUAUAUUGCGCCAUUUUCAAGUCGAUGCUGGUCUUUCCCGAGCCCCACUGUGCAGUGUGGGUGAACAGUAUUGCUGGAGGUGACGACAUUGACGACUGCAUUGACCACUUCACUGAUGCCUGCGUCGCAAAGGAGAAAGAUGUCUACCCAAGCGAUAUCUGCGGUCAGACUCCUUGAAAAAUGUUGCCUAACCAAGGCCUCCGACUCAGUGCAAAUCUAAGGUGCGGCAACAAGACAGAAGAGCACACGACAGGACGGUGAAACGAAAAAGGGCACACGGCACAUUGACGGUAUAGAGCGUGUGACGUUAA